AUGGGACCCCCAGGAAAAUCAGGCGGUGCAAAGGCGUCAAACAAGAAGCCAUCCUCAAAAUCCGGGUCGAAGCCCGGCGGCGUAUCGAAAUCAGGUCCUCCAUCAAAAUCGAAGAAGCCCAGCGGUCCCAAGCCCACACCCGUCCAGCACAAGCCCAAAACUUCGGAUGGCAAGAAGAAGAAACCACCACACAUGCGGUAUACAGAGAAGGAGCUCAAGGUCCCCAAACUGAAUGGAAUUGUUCCUGCUGGCGUGUCGAAGCCACCAAAUGCCAAAAAGGGCAAAAAUUUCGUCGACGACAAGGAAAGCAUGAACAUGAUCCUUGCCAUGGUCAUGGCGGAGAAGGAGGGUAAUAUCGAGAGCAAGAUGAUGCGUGCCCGACAGAUGGAAGAGGUGCGUGAGGCACGGAGGAUUGAGGCAGAGAAGCGGACGCAGAGUAAGAAGGAGAGCCUGGAGGACAGGAAGCAGAACAUCAAAGAUGACAGCAAGAAGCGGAGGAGAUCAGACAGCGAAGUGAAGAAGCCAAAAGAGGAUCCACAAGACGGAGGUGCCUCGAAAAAGGCGAAAUUGCGGAAGCGUGUCAGUUUCGGAUGA